CUAUGUUCGUUAGUAGACGUUGACAUUUAUUUGAAAAUUUUGACCAGUGAAUUUCCGUUGAGUUUUUAUUUUGAUUUAAGUAAGGAUAAAAAAUUGGAUUUAUAUUUUAAUUUUUCAAGAUUUAUUAUGGCAGAAAGCUUUGAUGAUAUCAAUGCUCCGCAAUUCUUUGAUUUCAAUAGAGAUAUAAAAGAUCUUGAUGAUACUGCAGAUGGAUAUUUUGAACAAGCACACGAGGAUCCUCUCAAUAAUUCAGAUAUAUCAAAUGAAGUCACCUUCUUAGCCAGUGAAGUAGAAAACUUGCAAUUCUCUGAAAAACCCAAUUUUAGAAAAUCAAUGAGUGUUGGUGAUCUUCAAAGAAUAAUUGGGCACGUACAUAAAUUAAGGAGUGGUAAACAAUAUGUAUAUGAUGGUGAAAACGGUGAAGAAAAUGACUUUAGUCGGGAGAACUAUUAUUCAGAACAAACAGUUAACAGUGAAGCUGGUUCUUCAGGAAUUUGUAGUAGUAAAUCUCAAGAGUUAAUCAACAGAUUAGCACAGCCAAAAAGAAAAUUUAAGUCCAAUCAAGAAUUGAACAAAAACGAAUAUGUACCAAUGGCUGAAGCAUUGAUAAAAUUUCAAAAUGGUACACCGAAACGUUUCAGAGUGAAACCUGUAGCCGUUGCUGACAAUCCUUUGAAAGCCACCAUUCCCCAUUCCCCAAAAUUAAAAACAUCUCUCAGAAAUCGGCCUCUGCAUGCACAAUCUCGAGAAGAACUAGAGCAACUUGCUUUGGCCGAAGCAAAAAAGUCCCAAUUUAAAGCACACCCUCUAAAUAAAAAAAUACUUCGAGGUCCCGUUGACUCGAAUAAAUCGAAGAGAAAAACUUCCACCAUACCAGAACCGUUUAAAUUAACAGAAGUUCAAAAUAAGGUGAUUCCAGAAUCCCCGCAAAAGGUCCAAGAAUUUCAUGCAAGACCUGUACCUAAAUUCAUUUAUAAUUCUCAUGUAAUGAAACCCCAACUGAAAGCCUCGUUAACAACGCCACAAACACCGACCUUCAUUAAAAAAAUGAGUUUGAAUUCCAUUUCAACCACCACGGAGAACAAAAAUUUACCUACCGAGCCUGUCAAACUGAAACCAACGAAACCAAUACCAUUUAGUUUUGAAUUGAGAGAUAAGUGCAUGAGAAGUAAGCGCGAAGCUUUGGUUCAGAAAUAUAUUGAAGCCGAAAAGAAAGCGAGAAUGUUCCAUGCCAAGCCGGUACCAAAAUCGGUUAUAGAACCACCGAAAAAUGGUUAUUCAUUUUCAAGAGGCAAUUCAUCAAAUACAGCAAGGAAUAAUAACGAAGAUAAUAUCAAUUCCUCUCAUUUCAAGGCUAAACCACCAAAAGUUCUUUAUCAAAAACCAUUUGUACCUCAGCUUCCGAACAGGCCAUUACUUGAAAUACAAGAUUUUGCUCUUAACACUGAUAUGCGAGCGAAAGAGAGAGAACAAUUUGAACAACAGGUUAAAGAACGGGAAGAAAAAUUGGCGUUAUUUAGGCAAGAAGAAGAAAUUAUGAAGAAGAGACAGGAAGAAGAAGAAAUUAUCGAGGCCCGUAAACUGGCUAGUUUCAAAGCGAAAGAAAUUAGAAAAUACAAGGAAAUAAAAAUUCAACCUCUUCACAAAGUUACAAAUCCAGUUUCGCCCAAAUUUAGUACGAACAAGUUGAGAAACAGUUCAAAAAAUAAAGAAAAUAAUGCAUAAUAAUAAAUCGUUUAUCUGUUUCAAAAACGUACAUUUAAUGCUUGAAAAAAGAAAGAAUUGAGGAAGAAAACGUGAUUAUAAGUUUUGUAUUGUCUACUUUUAGUUUUUUUUUAUCUAUAUGACUAAGAGAAUAAAAAUAUUCACUUAUAUCUUUAUUUGUAUUUACUAAAAUUGAAAUUUUAUAUUUUAAAAUAUCUUGAGUGUAUGGUUAUUUUAAUUUCUCACCGUAAUAUAUGUAUCGUAUUUUCCUAUGUUUUUCUUUGUUGUGAAAUGUUCAACAUGGAAAUAUUUCAGUCGUAACUGCUUAAAAAAAUCUAUAUCAGGUUGUUUCAAAUAAAUUUUUUCCUACUUUAACCCCCUUAAAUGUUUCUAUUUAACUAUUUAACCGUAUCAUGAAUUUUAUCAUCUGGUGUCUGAGUCCAGCAGGAUUUUUCUUAGUCCAAAAGUCAAAUCUAAGUAGCACAAAAAUUGCAGUUUUCUGCUGCAUUUCAGGCACAUUGGCUGUUCACAUUUUAUGCAUUUAUAAUUUGUCUUCCUCUCCUUUGAUACUGGACACUUGGAGCAGGUUUUCCUUUUCUCUAGCUUGUCACUUGGGUUGGGUUUUGUUCCAACAUAUACUGAUGGUUUGGUCUUUCCAACCGUCUGGUCAUAUGUGGCUUUAUGAACUCCAUCGCUAGGUCUCGUACGAAUAGGUACCUAGUCACAAGAUGAUUACCUCAAAAUGAAAGGUACAAGAAGUUGAUGCAACUAAUAUCUAACAUUUGAUACAGUUUCAAUAUUGUGGUGCAUUGAUCACGCCCGCAAAUCCAUAAAAUUGUACAAAGUUGUAGAAACAAAAGAAAUAAAUAGACUUUCCUGGAAACAUUUAGAAGAAAUACUGUGAAUAAACCGCCUGCUACUACAAAAAAUUAAAUACAAAUAAAACAUCAAACGAAUUCCGUCAGUUAUAAAAAAUGUCAAAGAUGCUAUCCGAAAAGCGCCGCGCGAAUUCGCCGAAUUUUUAAAAUUCCAUAGUAGCUAGACUAGGGAACUCUUCAAAUUCUUCCAUAUCUAUUUGUGCUAUAAUGCAGGAUAUUGAUGAACCAUAGGUACAUCCUUCUAUUUCCUUGAACAUUUGGUGCUCAUAUAAGAAUUAAGUAGAAUUGAGGGUUAGUUCCAGAGCAUAUAUAAUAUUCAUCAAAAGGGAUGUCAGUAUAUUUUUUGGUGUCGUUCCAUUUUGUUUCUAUAAUUUUUGAAGUUAAGAAAAUGAAGAUAUUAGUGCACAAAGAAACAAUAUCUGAAGAAAUUAUAUAUAAUCGCCUGAGAAUUGUACAUCUUUUUCUUUGAAAUAAAAAGAAUACAUGUAAAAUAU